AUGCAGCUCUACACCUGGAUCAUAUCAGGCUUAUUAGCCGGUACAUCAGCCGCCUCAGCACCCGAGACCUAUGACUAUAUCAUCGUCGGAGGUGGCACCGCCGGAGGAGCCCUCGCGACCAGACUGAGCCUCGGCCUUCCCAAGCACAAGAUCCUGCUUCUGGAAGCUGGCCCAGCGGCUCUUGAUGAUGUGCGAAUUAAUGUACCAGGCAUGCGCGGUGCGCUCUUGGGAUCAGAGAGCGACUGGAACUUCUCUUCGGUUGCCCAGCCAGGGCUCAAUGGGCGGUCCGUCGGCGUCCCCCGUGGCAAGGUUCUUGGCGGCUCAUCGGCGAUGAACUUUCUAUGCUAUGAUCGUGCCUCGUCUGCUGAAUACGACGCUUGGAGCGAGCUCGGCAGUCCCGGGUGGAACUGGAAGACCAUGAUCCAUGGUAUGACCAAGUCGGAGAACUUCACAGGUGACGACGGCGACGUCCACGGUCGCACUGGUCCUAUCAAGUCCACUUACAAUCGCAUCGUGCCGGAUGUUUUGAAGCCGUGGCAGUCUGUGGUCAGCAAGUUCGGGGUCCCCACCAACAACGGAGGCUCUCUAGGAGGAAACCCUAUUGGAGUCAUGUUCCAGCCCACCAAUAUUGACGUGACCAACUACACCCGGUCAUACAGCGCCAACAGCUACCUGCCCAAGGCUGGGCCCAACCUCACAGUCAGGACAAAUACCCACGUCGCCAAGAUUCUAUUUUCUGAGAACAAGGGCUUAGUUGCGACCGGUGUUGCUCUGCAAGAUGGCUCUAAGAUCAAGGCUCGCAAGGAGGUCAUCCUCUCCGCUGGCUCCAUCCAGAGUCCGGGAUUGCUCGAGCUAUCCGGCAUUGGCCAAUCUGCUGUUCUUGCCAAGGCGGGUGUCAAGAAAUUGCUCGAUCUCCCCGGUGUAGGCGAAAAUUACCAGGACCAUCUCCGUACCUCCAACACCUAUAGACUGAAGAAAGGCUAUGAAUCCUUCGAUCCCAUGAUAUUCGACGUGGAAGGCACCUUGGCGAAGCAGGAGUUUAACCUCUGGCUUCAAAACAAGGUAUCGUGGUAUGACUACACCACCAGUGCCUACGCCUUCCUCAACUGGGCCCAAAUCAGCAAAAAGACAGGCAAGCAUCUCACCAGCCUUGCCGAUGACGGAUUUUCCAAGAAUGGUACCGUCGUAGAUAAGAAGAAGCUUAAGUGGCUGAGCAACCUGUCUAUCCCCCAGCUGGAGCUCAUUCUAGAAGCAAACUACGUCGGCGCCGCAGGAUAUCCCGGCGGUAACUUCAUCACCAUCUUCUCCAGCGUUAUGCAUCCCAUGAGCCGCGGUAGUGUUCACAUCAACCCCGAAGCUCCAAAAGGCAAGCCAAUUAUUGACCUAAACUACCUCAACAACGAGUACGACGUGCGAGCGCUCAUCGAAGGUGCCAAGUUUGCCCGUAAGGUCGCCGAGACAGAGCCUCUACGGUCCGUAUGGGAAGUAGAGACAGAACCGGGCCCGGAGGUGAAGACAGACAAACAGUUCCACGAUUUUGCUGUCAACACAGUCAACAGCUUCUAUCACCCUGUCGGUACCUGCGCGUUGCUCCCCAAGAAGGAUGGUGGUGUUGUGGAUAAGAACCUAAAGGUAUACGGCACGAAAAACCUGCGUGUGGUUGAUGCUAGUAUUAUCCCCGUUCAGCUGUCAGGGCAUAUUCAGACGGCUGUGUAUGGCAUCGCCGAGACCGCGGCGCAGAAGAUUAUUUCUGCAGCGUGA